GGACGGCUGCACGAAAGAGCUGCGCGGCCCUUUGGCUGCCCGGACGUCAGCUGAGCACGUCCCCCACGUCCUCCUAGCCACUUACUAUUUAUUCAUUUCCCAAAGAGGCAACCAGGAACCCAAGCUUAGAACUUUUUUUUUUUUUUUACCCCUAAUGGGAGACGGGGCUAGGUCCCAUCCAACGCAGUUUAAUUUUCAUGGGGCUCUGGGAUCAAAAGAACAGAAACGGCAACAAAAGCCCAGCCGCUGUCUGAUUUAAAACUGGCAAAGUGGGAAAAAUAGUGUUGAGUAAACAGACCGAGUUGGAUAUGGGAAAUUUCAGAGGUCACGCCCUCCCCGGGGCCUUCUUCAUUAUCAUGGGUAUUUGGUGGACUACAAAGUGUGUUCUGAAAUAUGCCUGCAAAAAGCACAAGCAGACUUCCUACCUUGGUGCCAAAGCGUUAUUCUGUCGAAUAGAAAUUUUGGAGGGAAUCAUAUUAGUUGGCAUGGCUUUAACUGGCAUGCUUGGGGAACAGUUUUUCCUUGGAGGGCCCCAUCUGACCUUAUAUGACUAUAAAGAGGGCCAGUGGAUUGAACUCCUGAGAUGGCAUCAUUUUACUAUGUAUUUUUUCUUUGGCCUGUUGGGUGUGACAAACAUCUUAUGUUUCACCGUCAGUUCACUUCCUGUCUCCUUAACCAAGUUAAUGUUGUCUAAUGCCUUAUUUGUGGAGGCUUUUAUCUUCUACAACCACACUCAUGGCCGGGAAAUGCUGGACAUCUUUGUGCACCAACUGCUGGUCUUGGCAAUCUUUUUGGCAGGCCUGAUUGCCUUCAUGGAACUCCUCAUACGGACCAAUAUAACUGUGGAGCUUCUGCGGACAAGCUUUGUCUUCCUCCAAGGGAGUUGGUUCUGGCAGAUUGGGUUUGUCCUUUAUCCCCCCAGUGGAGGUCCUGCAUGGGAUUCAGUGGAUCAUGACAACAUUAUGUUUCUCACCAUGUGCUUUUGUUGGCAUUAUGCAUUAACCUUUAUCAUCAUUGGAGUACUUUAUGCCUUUGUUACCUGGUUGGUUAAAUCUCGACUUAAAAGGUUCUGCCCCUCAGAAGUUGGACUCUUGAAAAGUGCUGACCGAGAGCAAGAAUCAGAAGAAGAGAUGUGAUUUCAAUGGGCAAUCCAGUCUUUCUAGAUGAACUUUUUUGCAUUGUUUUUGACCUAUUUUGUUUGGAGAACAACCAAAUGGGGAUGAUUAUUGGUGUACUUUUUGCAUAUCCAAUUUUGUUAAAAUAAUUGCAUUUAAAUAUUUUAUUUUUAGUUUGAAAAUACUUGGGAUGGUAAAUUCAUUUUGCACGUCAAUCAUGGUAUUUGGGGUGUAGAGUGACACUUCCAAGGUUGUCUAAAAUUUGAUUCCCUUGCUAUGAAAAGUGUUUCUUUAAUUUUGCCUUAUAGAAAUGCUAAAGGUUCCUGGGCUUCCUACCUUUUGUAAAUGGUUAUACAUGGAAUUAUACUUGUUCAUCUUGUUGCUGCAAUGCAAAAUAAAAGAGUACAUUAAACUUG